GUUGUGAUGUUGGAUGUUGUUUCGAGGAACUGAAGCUGCGUUUUUCCCCUGAUCUUUUUUCCUCUUUCUGCUUUCCUGGGGACAUUAACCACCGCUGCCUCACCCCAGACAGACCUCCGUUGACACCGGAAGUGACUUGGAGCCGCUCGGCGGGAUCCAACCGGGACAGAGACCGUUUCAUCCAGAUGUGACAGGUCGGCUCCGCCAUGAGUAACAGCCACCCUCUUCGCCCUCUGGCCUCGGUGUCGGAGAUCGACCACAUCCACCUGCUGUCGGAGCAGCUGGGAGCCCUGGUGCUGGGUGAGGAGUACAGCGACGUCACCUUCAUCGUGGAGGGGAAGCGCUUCCCGGCGCACCGCGUCAUCCUGGCGGCCCGGUGUCACUACUUCAGGGCUCUGCUGUACGGAGGCAUGAAGGAGUCCCAGCCCCAGGCGGAGGUGAGUCUGGAGGAGACGCGUUCCGAGGCCUUCUCCAUGCUGCUCCACUACCUGUACACGGGCCGGGCCAGCCUGAGCUCGGCCCGGGAGGAGGUCCUGCUGGACUUCCUGGGCCUGGCUCACCGCUACGGCCUGCAGCCCCUGGAGGACUCCACCUCGGACUUCCUGCGCACCGUGCUGCACACCAACAACGUGUGCCUGGUGUUCGACGUGGCCAGCCUGUACUGUCUGAGCGCGCUCAGCGCCGCCUGCUGCGCCUACAUGGACCGCCACGCCCCCGACGUUCUCAACUCUGACGGGUUCCUCACACUGUCCAAGGCGGCGCUGCUCUCCGUGGUGCGCCGCGACUCGUUCGCCGCCAGCGAGAAGGAGAUCUUCCAGGCCCUGAGCCGCUGGUGCCGGCAGCACGAGGACGACGGCGUGACGGCGGAGGUGAUGGCGGCCGUGCGGCUGCCGCUCAUGACUCUGACGGAGAUGCUGAACGUGGUGCGGCCGUCCGGCCUGGUGAGUCCAGACCACCUGCUGGACGCUAUCAAGACACGGUCCGAGAGCCGCAACAUGGACCUCAACUACCGCGGCAUGCUCAUCCCGGAGGAGAACAUCGCCACCAUGAAGCACGGCGCCCAGGUGGUGAAAGGCGAGCUGAAGUCGGCGCUGCUGGACGGCGACACGCAGAACUACGACCUGGACCACGGCUUCUCCAGACACCCCAUCGAGGAGGACGGGCGGGCCGGCAUCCAGGUCAAACUGGGCCAGUCGUCCAUCAUCAACCACGUCCGGCUGCUGCUGUGGGACCGGGACAGCCGGUCGUAUUCGUACUACAUCGAGGUGUCCAUGGACGAGCUGGACUGGGUUCGAGUGGUGGACCACUCCAAGUAUCUGUGCCGCUCCUGGCAGAACCUGUACUUCCCACCACGAGUCUGCCGGUAUGUGCGCAUCGUGGGGACUCACAACACGGUGAACAAGGUUUUCCACCUGGUGGCGUUCGAGUGCAUGUUCACGCAGCGCAGCUUCACCCUGGAGAACGGCCUCGUGGUACCUAGCGAGAACGUGGCCACCGUGGGCUCGUGCGCCAGCGUGGUGGAGGGAGUGAGCCGCAGCCGCAACGCUCUGCUCAACGGCGACACGCGCAACUACGACUGGGACUCGGGCUACACCUGUCACCAGCUGGGCUCCGGCGCCAUCGUCAUCCAGCUAGCACAGCCGUACUCCAUCGGCUCGCUACGGCUGCUGCUGUGGGACUGUGACGACCGCUCCUACAGCUACUACAUCGAGGUGUCCACCAACCAGCAGCACUGGACCAAAGUGGUGGACCGCACCCGGGUCGCAUGCCGGUCAUGGCAAACGUUAAAGUUCGAUAUGCAACCAGCGUCUUUCAUCAGAAUCGUCGGAACGCACAACACAGCUAACGAGGUUUUUCACUGUGUCCACUUCGAGUGUCCUGCUCAGCUGGAUAUCGAGGUCUCUGAGGGCAGUCCAGGCUCCGCCCCCUUUGACCCCACUGACCCCUCCGAUCAUGGGUCAGGGCCUGGGCCUGGGUCUGGGGGAUCUGCACGGCCCCAGAGGCCGUCACGUACUCACAGCCUGCUGCCCCCUCAGCCUUCAUCCCCCUCCUCCUCUUCGUCCUCACAGUCCCACCACUGAGAGAGAGACCUCGUUCUCAUCCUUACCUCGCCAUUUUGCACAGCAUCAUCACCCACAAUGCAACACCCCCCCAUUGUGUGGGAGGGGCCUGGACUUAAAACAGCAGCUCCACAUGGUCGUUACACAUGGUCAAGCAAACAAGGAGAACGUCAUUUAAAGGGACACCACGCCAUGUUCACAUGUCGUCAGCUAACAGGCUAAUGCUAAUGCUACCACAGACGAUCCACUCACGACAGGUGAUAAACAUUAGCAUGCGUGAGGAUUUUUCCGCACCCUGAGCGUUAAUCGUUAGCAACAAGCUAAAGACUGACUGAAGCUAACGUAACUGAAAUCGUACUCUCUCAAUGUUGAUAACUUGCUUUACCACCUACUACGUUAUAGCAUAAUGAUGAUUAGCAUCCAACCUGUCCUAUUUAAUUUAUUAUGUUAAAGUUAUUAUGCUCACGUAAUUGGUGCUAAAGCUGCAUAUUAUUCUCUUGAAGAUGCAAUAUUUGGCAUUAGCAUCUGUCAAUUUACUUUUAAAUAUUACACCAUUGUCCUGAUUAGCAUUGGCCAGCGUAAUAGAGCACAGGCUAUCUCUUUGGUGGCUACAUCUUUGGCUAAUGCAAUAUUUUCAUCAGAAUUAGCCAAAGCUGCUCCAAAGUAAAAUGAACUGCUGUUACAGACUAGCUAUAGCAUUAGCCUGUGAUUAUCUUCAGCAGCUUGAUGCCUGGGCGUUUUUUUAGCUAGCUGACGCUUUGUGAAUGCGCCAGUCCUCAAAUGUUACACGCUUCUUGCUGGAGUGUCUUUGUUUUAGCCCCGCCUCCUCCUCCGUCCUCAUGUGAGUCAGAGUCUGAAGGUCGUCGAGCACGUUUAACGUCGUCUCAGCGCUUCAAACUGUUUUUAUUUUAAACGGAACAUUACUAAGAAAGUACCGAGUGCUUUGACUUUUAAGUCCCUGAAGCUAACGUAACUUAUUAUUGUCAUGUUAGUUACUGAAGUCUCAAGCUGUUAGCUUUAGCAUUAGCUCAGUUCAGAUGAUGCCAAAGCUAACUUCCCUAGUAUGAUAGCUCCAGCCACCCUGGUCUUUCUGUGGUUUUUAGCAUUAGCGUAGCUGCUACUCUCUGUUGACAAAAGGUCAGCUAAUGCUAAAGCUAGCUGGGAUAGCGUGAUGCUUUCCCGUUAUUUAGCUUUAGCCUCAGCAUAGGCAGCUCAUUGGUGGAUAUAACCACAUCAGCUAAUGCUAAUGCUAGCUCUCACCACAUCUGGUUGACCAAAGAAGCGGUCUCAUUCCCUCUUUUGGUUACUCCAGUAACUUUUCACACAAGUCAAACAUUGUUCAUACAAAGAAACUAAAGUAACUAGUGGAGUAAUCAGUUGCUUCAGUAAAAUGCAAUUUGUAGUUACUGCAAAUAAAAGGUGACUAAACUGAUUUUUAAUUUCCAAAGAAGACGCUGGAGUAACUUUCAAGCUUUUCUACUGCGUAAAGAGUUGUUUUGUAUUUUAGCUUGAGGUAUCCGAUGACUCUUUUUAGGUACUCGUAAUCUCUCCUGAGAGUAAAUUUUUACUGGAGUAACUCGUAAACGAUGUUAUUUUUUUUAAACAAGUCACAUGUAACGGUUAGUGAAUACAGGAGUAACUAUCUUUGAAGUCACUCCUCAGUUUUUGAAAGUAUCCUGUAAUCUGUUACUCAUAAAACUAACCUACUAAAGUGUCUUCUUUGCAGUAACUAAUAACUUUUUUCUCCAUUACAUUAUCAAAGUAAUGAAACUUCAAGAGUAACUUUACUUUUUUGAGUAAUUAGUUACUUCUGUUCCUAUUUGAAGUACUAAAGUAACUGCAAUUCGUAAGGAUGAUGACAGUAACUAAUUAGUAAUUGAUUACUGACUACAGUAACUAAUGAAGUAACUUUUAAUGGGGUUUAGUUACUUUUCAUUUGCAGUAACAAAAAAUUUGAAUAGAAGUACCUUUGUGUUUCACAGACUCAGGUUUCCUCCAGACUCUGAACGUGUGUGUGUGUGUGUGUGUGUGUGUGUGUGUGUGUGUGUGUGUGUGUGUGUGUGUGUGUGUGUGUGUGUGUGUGUGUGUGUGUGUGUGUGUGUGUGUUUGCGCAUUUCACUGCCUCUUCUUCAAAACUUCACCUGAUAAAAAUGUGACCAGAAAAACAAAACAGCUUCUGUUGUCAUUCUUGAACUCCAGCUGCAAAAACAACACAACAUCACAAAACUAAGACAAAUAUGAUAAAACAACAAAAACACAGCAAAGCAUCACAAAACAAAACACCAAUGCUUCAUCGCAAAACAACAAAACUCUCAUAUAACAUAAUCAAGGCCAAGCAACAACUUCACAAAGCAAGACAAAAACAACACAAUAAAACAAACAUCGCAACACAAAAUCACAGAAAAACAACACAAAUGGUCAAACGAAAGCAUCACAAAACUAAUUCAUCCCUUCAAGGUAAUUGUGUUUCCAUGUUCACUUUGUGUUUUUACGUCAGUUUGUCUCAGAAUAAAG